UGCAACCCCAGCAAUCAAUGUAAGGUAGGGUUUUUCCUUCUUCUGAUUUGGGAAUCUCUAGGGUUUAUCUCUGGAAAACCUCUAUCCAUGGCUACCCCAAGCCAUAAAGGAAACCCCACAAAUUCAACCAAGAGAAAGAAAAACCACAAAAAUCCUGAAGCCAAUUUCCUCUAUGAGCUCAAUUCUUGCUCUAAAUCCAAAGACCUCGAAGCCGCAAUUUCUCUUUACGAGUCAGCUAUUUCCAACAAAACUCGCCUCAACCAGCACCAUUUCAACACCCUCCUUUACCUUUGCUCCACUAUUUCCACCGACCCAGAGUCCAAAAGCCUCGCUUUAACGUAUGGGUUUCGAGUUUUUGACCAUAUGAUAACCUUAAAUAUCCACCCUAAUGAAGCUUCCAUUACUGCCAUUGCCCGUUUAGCGGCGGCGAAAGGUGAUGGCGAUUACGCUUUUGAAAUGAUUAAAAAGUUGGGUGAUUAUCGGGUUUUGCCGCGGCUUCGUACUUAUGAGCCUGCAUUGUUUUGUUUUUGCCAGAAGUUGGAAGCUGAGAAGGCUUAUGAAGUUGAGGCGGAUAUAAAUAAGAUGGGAUUGAGCUUGGAGGAGCCUCAGAUUGCUGCUUUAUUGAAAUUAAGUGCGGAGACAGGGAGAGGGGAGGGAGUUUAUGAGUAUUUGCAGAAGUUGAGAAGGGGUGUAAGGUGGGUUAGUGAGGAGACGGGAAAGGUUUUGGAGGAUUGGUUUUCUAGGGAAGGAAGUGAGGUUGGUUUUGAGGGAGCGACAUAUGAGGUGAGUUUUGUGAAAGAGGCGGUUUUGAGGAAUGGUGGGGGUUGGCAUGGUUUGGGGUGGAUUGGGAAAGGGAAGUGGGUGGUGAGGAAAGGGAAGGUGGAGCCGAAUGGGCGGUGUUGUUGUUGUGGAGAGCGGUUGGGUUGUGUUGAUAUUGAUGAUGUGGAGACUGAGAAGUUUGCGCAGUCAGUUGCAGGGUUGGCUAUGGAGAGGGAAGUUAAGGCUAACUUUAGGGAGUUUCAGGAGUGGUUGGAACAAAAUGCUGAUUAUGAAGCCAUAGUAGAUGGAGCAAAUAUUGGGCUCUACCAACAAAAUUUUGCAGAGGGUGGAUUCAGUAUUCUUCAGCUUGAUGCUGUCAUAAAAGAAAUGUAUGGUAGAAGUGGGAAUAAAUGGCCACUCAUCAUCCUGCAUAAUAAACGUGUACGAGCUCUCCUGGAAAAUCCUUCCUACAGAAAGCUGGUUGAAGAAUGGAUGAAUAAUGGUUUUCUUUAUACAACACCUCAUGGUUCCAAUGAUGACUGGUAUUGGCUCUAUGCUGCUGUAAAACUUAGAUGUCUGCUUGUGACAAAUGAUGAAAUGCGGGAUCACAUUUUUGAACUCUUAGGAAGCAGCUUCUUUCUCAAGUGGAAAGAAAGGCACCAGGUUCGAUAUACUUUUCCCAAAGGAAUUCUGAAACUUCAGAUGCCACCGUCAUAUUCUGUUGUCAUUCAGGAAUCAGAAAAAGGAUCAUGGCAUGUCCCCAUUGUAUGUGACGGCAAUGAGGAGUCUGCUAGAACUUGGCUCUGCAUUACCAGGCCAGGUGCUUGUGAAGAUCUAGGUAAAACUGCUUCCAAUAUAGAAACUUGUGAAAAUGGUAAUGGUCCCUGCUGCAAGUCAGAGAUGUCGAACACAGGUGAUUUUGAGAUACUCCCAAGUGACAAUAGAAAUCAAGCUAGUCAGGAUUUCUUUCAAAUGUCCUAUGCUGAAACCCCAUCUAUUACGGGUAAAAGGAAAGAGAGAUCCCCAUAAUUCACACGGUUAGUGCUAUUUAUAAAUGGCAAGCUGAAGCUGCCUGUUUCAAGCCCAUAGUCGUUUUGCACCUGCAUUGUUUUCAGCCAAUCGGAAUAAUCUAAUUUUGGCUCCAAUUUUCUAUACGGAGCUAGGACAUCCAUCCCUUGUAACACCAGUGUUGUAGCGUACACCAGUUACGUUGUAUUUCUCUGAGUUAUUUCGAGGAAGAAGGUCAAAAAGAAUAAUUAAGAUCGAUUUUGCAGUCUUACGUGCCAUCUUAUAAAGGAAAUUUCAUAUCA